UGGCCAAAUGGAAGAAAGGAGAAGAAAAGAAAAAAAACAAUGGUUACAAUCUUGGUUUUUAUAAUGGCUACUUUGACGGAAGAGGUCUGUUUGGUGGUAACAUUUUCAAAUAUAAGGCGUUCUUGUCGCUUGAGGCCUUAAAAUAGAUGUAUAAAUCUAGCCCCCGGGCUUGAUAUACAUAUCUAGUUUAAGACCUCAAACCUAGGUGACAAAAACGCAGGUAAAAACCUCUAAUUUCAGAGGUUCAGUCAAAGCGUAAUUAAAACAGACUGGUUCCUUCUUGCCGGAUCUCUAAUGUAGAGAUGCUGGAGUACUUGAAGUGGAAAUUCAAGCAAAACUGAAUGCAUUGCUGAGCACCAUUUAAAGACGAAACAUCAAAUUGACUAGGACUCUGCGACAUGUAUAACGUAUUCUACAGACGACUAUCAACGUCUUACUUUAGAAAGCUGGUUUACUAACUUAGAACAAACGCCACUGAAUCGUAGCCAACAGUUACCGGCGCCAUACAAACGACUUAUUGACGAGAUCAAGCAAAACUAACUACGAGAGAACAACUGGAGAACUGACAAUUUGACUAACAAUAGACGACUGUUUAACUGUGACAAUAGAUGGAUCGAAACGCACCAAUCACUGAUUGAAGAUGACUACCGCACAGGUUGUCGAAACGUCAGUCACUGUCAACAACAACAGUCCUAUUCAGGACUACGUUCACCCGGACGAUCAAACUCAACCUUUUGAAAUGACUCCUGGGUUCAAACCUUUCACACUGAAUGCAUAGUUAGUUUGGCCCCAAAUAAAUAAGCUCAGCGCCAGCCUUGCAUUCAGUUUUGCUUUAACAACAACGCAAGGUCAUGAGGGUAUCUGUAAAUCCUUUGAAAUUUGGUCACAAUUUCGUUUUUUCACUGCCAGAGAAUGAAAUAAAAUGUCAAAAACGCUUAUCUUUGCGAUUUACCCAUAUUGCCUUGCGGUCUGAUCGGGAACGCUUUUCGAGAUCUACAAGGUGAAUUGAAAUAGCUGUAAAGCCAAACCAAGAUCCCACUACGCUAAAUGAUCCACGCUCGAUCCACAAGCGAGUAAAAUUUCCACUGGCAAAUUUAUAAACCUUGCUUCGCAACUAAACAAUUUGAAAAAUGAAUAAGGGAGGUGGUCAAUGAUCAGUGGUAGCAAUUGAACUAUGCAAUAAUAGAUUUUCACGGAACGAAAGUUGGUUGUUGUUUUGACAUUCCAUAUCAAACCUUUCAUUCGGCCAAUCAACUACAAUUUUUUUUUCCAGGACCAGUUUCAGAUGAAGGCCUGGGUCCUGUUACUAGUGUUAAUACCGCUGAUCACCUUCAGCAAUGGACGCACCAGAUUCCGCAUGGUUGAAUAUGACGAAGACCAAGGCCACUCCAGGGCUUAUGCAGUCUGCAUGAGGCAGUGUAAACGUGAAUGCUUAAACAACGAAGGAGAAUGCAAACAUCACCCUCAGAAACGGGAGCUCAUUUGCCGGCAGGGUCCAAAAGAUGGUGACUGGAACGGCUUCAAGACCUUCUUGGAUAAAAGGGGUGUCACGAAAUGCGAAGAUUUUCUUGAAUUGAAACCUGCAUUGAAAGAGGACGAGACCAAAAGCAAACACUUUUCAUUUCAGCCGUCUGAGAUCUGGCAGUUAUUUGAAUGA